GUGGGCGAAUCCUAUGCGCGAGUCUUCCGUCAAAGCGGAUUGGGUGCAGACAGACAGAAGGAAGGAGGCGGCAAACUCUUUAUAAUCUUUGCUCUAGUAUCCUGUCAUUUGCUGGUGUCUGCACUUGGAGGAAAAAUUUAGCGGCCUAAAAAAAGAUAAUAAAAAAAAAAAAAAAGAAAGCAGCAGAAUGUUCUGUACAGGCUUUGAAGCGGUCGGUGUGCCUCACACAGCGCAGGCGACACAUUGGUUGCGGCGGUAGCUGGAGACGAACCAUUUGAAAGAAAACGUAAAGAGAGUCGCUAGUACUGGCGCAGUUACUGUGUGUGUGCUUCCCUGAACCUCCUACACACAUCUACAUCUCUGACUUCCCUGUUAGAUUUCCUGGCUCGUCGUUGCAGCUGAUUGAGUUACACAUCUUUCCAUCAAAAUCCCCCUACAGCAAGUUUCAGCUCCCUGGAGCAAAGAAAUGAGCAGUGAAGGUGGGGAAAGGGGGGGAUUCUAGGGCUCUAGCUUAUUGGAAGCCACCAUAGUUUCAGUUUAACAAGUGGGCGGCAACCAGGUUGUUGUGUGUGUGCGUGCACUUCGUUGACCCCGGUGUUGAGAUACAUGAGGAUCAUGAAACAUUAUCACUGAACUCGCCACGCAGGACGAAGAGGAAUGCAGCCGCGUUCUGAAGCGGUGCUUGCGAACAAAGAGGCGACAUUAUGUGCAAAAAGUGCUGCCUCACAAAAGAGGCCUCACAAAGCCUGAAACAAGCCCCCACACCCCUUAUCCCCCACGCAUCCAUCUGUCUGCUUCACUUCCUAUUAGUCAGGCCUAACCAGUAGCUCCUGGCACAUGGAGAGCGUAGCUGCUCAUGCCUGAAAACUGCAGAGCUUUGAAAGAGAUGUUUAUGUUCCCUAAACUGGGUCAAAAUUGGGCAUACAAGCUGAGAUACACCACAGUCCCACUUCUAUAUCCAAAGAUCCAGUUUGCAGACCAGAAACAGGAGUUCAACAAGCGCCCGUCUAAGAUCGGCCGGCGCUCUCUGUCCCGCUCCAUCUCCCAGUCCUCCACAGACAGCUACAGCUCAGCGGCGUCGUACACCGACAGCUCCGACGAUGAGACCUCACCCCGGGACAAACAGCAGAAGAACUCCAAAGGCAACGGAGAUUUCUGCAUCAAAAACAUCAAGCAGGCCGACUUCGGGCGCAGAGAGAUCGAGAUCGCAGAGCAAGAGAUGCCAGCACUGAUGGCGCUGAGGAAGCGAGCUCAGGGGGAGAAACCCCUCGCCGGUGCCAAGGUGGUGGGCUGCACGCACAUCACCGCGCAGACCGCCGUGCUGAUGGAGACUCUGGCAGCUCUGGGCGCUCAGUGCAGGUGGGCAGCCUGCAACAUCUACUCCACCCAGAACGAAGUGGCUGCAGCUCUGGCAGAAGGAGGUUUCAGUGUGUUCGCCUGGAAGGGUGAGUCAGAGGACGACUUCUGGUGGUGCAUCGACCGCUGCGUCAACGUGGAAGGCUGGCAACCCAACAUGAUCCUGGAUGACGGCGGAGACCUGACGCACUGGAUUUAUAAAAAGUACCCCAACAUGUUCAAGAAGAUCAAGGGCAUCGUAGAGGAGAGCGUUACUGGCGUCCACAGGUUGUACCAACUGUCCAAGGCGGGGAAGCUGUGUGUUCCAGCCAUGAACGUCAACGACUCCGUUACCAAGCAAAAGUUUGACAACCUUUACUGCUGCAGAGAAUCCAUCUUAGAUGGCUUGAAGAGGACCACUGACGUGAUGUUUGGAGGCAAACAGGUGGUGGUGUGUGGAUACGGAGAGGUUGGAAAAGGUUGCUGCGCUGCCCUCAAAGCCAUGGGCUCCAUCGUCUACGUCACAGAGAUCGACCCCAUCUGCGCCUUGCAGGCCUGCAUGGAUGGCUUCAGGCUGGUGAAACUCAACGAAGUCAUCAGACAAGUGGACAUCGUCAUCACCUGCACAGGUAAUAAGAACGUUGUGGUGAGAGAGCACCUGGACCGCAUGAAGAACGGCUGCAUUGUCUGCAACAUGGGGCACUCCAACACCGAGAUCGAUGUGGCCAGCCUGCGGACUCCUGAACUAACCUGGGAGAGGGUUCGCUCACAGGUGGACCACAUCAUCUGGCCGGAUGCCAAGAGGAUAGUCCUGCUGGCAGAGGGCCGUCUCCUGAACCUCAGCUGCUCCACUGUGCCCACGUUUGUGCUCUCCAUCACUGCCACAACCCAGGCUCUGGCCCUGAUAGAGCUCUACAACGCCCCCGAGGGACGGUACAAGCAGGAUGUUUAUCUGCUGCCCAAGAAAAUGGAUGAGUAUGUGGCCAGCCUACAUCUCCCGACAUUUGACGCGCAUCUCACAGAGUUGACUGAUGAGCAGGCCAAGUACCUGGGCUUGAACAAGAACGGGCCCUUUAAGCCAAACUACUAUAGGUAUUAAACCAUUGAGUUGAAUGAGGAAAUAUCAGUUCUCCAUGAAUUGCACGGACUCACAGAGGGAGAAGAGGAGAUCGGGGGGUGAUAGAAGGAUAGGCGGCAUAGUCAAAACACCUGCUUUACAUCUGGAGCAAAGGAGGGGCCCUAACUUUUCCUGUUUCCUGCUUUUUUUUAUUCCCACACGCCCACAGUAAUAAUCGUAUUAAUAAAAUAAAAAAAUAAAUCACUCAUCUCUGGAACCAUUCUCACCUCUCGCUCCUCGUCGAACAAGUCCUUUUAUUUUCUCCGCCAUCUCUCUUUAGAUGCGUCAAGUUGUUCGUUAGUCCUCUUUCCUCCCUCCACGGCGCCAGAGUUUUGAUUCUUUAUCUCCUUAAAAAGAUGAAACACACUCUGUAAGCAAAAUUUGAUUGUUUUCUUUAUUAUUUUUUUUAAUAGGUGUGCAGCUGAAGAUUUAGUCAUGGACAAUUCUUCCCUUUUUUUCAGUUUUUUUUUUUCCUCUUGUUUUCUACCUUUUGAUUUUCAACAAAACAAAACAAAAAUAGGGUGGGUUGCAGAUCUUGUGUGAGGGCCUCAGGGGUCCAAUCAUAUCUUGUAUUUUAAUGCUUUUUUUUCCUUUUUUUUUUUGUUUUGUUUUUUUAAACAUGACUGGAUGUCGACUUGCUCUCCUCACCCGUCUCUUGAAACCCACAGUGAAACCAUCUCAUUGGCUGCUUUUGGUCUCCAGCUGCUCAAAACACACCAGUGUUGAAGUCACAAGUAUUUAAUCAUUUUCUUUUGUUUCUUCUUCUUCCUUUUCUUUAACAGGAAUACUGUAGUAGAAGCAUGGCAGAUUGUCUAAUCAUUACAAAGGUAUACUGUAUAUUUAGAUAUUUAUAUAGAAUUUAAGAUUUUUCUAUCUUUCCAUCUAAUAUUUCAUUUUUGACCGAAUCGUCGUGUCGCACAGAGAAGCAACUAAAUGUUCUAAUCAUCUGUAAUAAAUGUACUCAAACCCUCAUUCUGAAUACUGUGACAGAGUAUUUACAUAGCAUGAAGCAGUUUGUUGCAGGUACUCCAUCAAAAGUAUGGUGCUUCUUUUUAAUUUUAAUUUUUAAUUUUUUUUUUUUGUACUUGCCAUACAACAACAUCAACAGGUUAAGGGUACUGAAAUGUGUCAAUUACUCGCCAACUUUCUGACCGAUGAUUGUUUUUAUCCUAAUCACAGAAGCACAUUCAUCUUCAUGUUUGGAGAUCAGAUUUUGCGAUGACUUUCCAUCCACUAUUGAAGAAUUAUUUUCUUUUAUAAUUGUGUAAUAAGAUGCAAUCGCUAUUAACAUCUCAUCUGCACAAUCUUCAAAGCUUAACCAGAUGUAAACCCAAGCCAGUGUCGCUAUACUAUAUAUUUUAAAAAAUCUAUCAUGCUUCCCCUCCAGAUUUUUUGACACCCCAAGUAAAGCUACAACCUAAAGCCUUAAAUUAAUCUUUCUUUUUUUUUUAAUUGUCCCUUGAUCAGUGUUUACGACUUCCUGUUCCGCUGCUGUAUAACAAUGAUAAAGCACAGAUGACCAUUUCCAGUUUCCUGUGAACAUUUCCACAUCUUCUUCCAUGACGCAACAGAUUGAAAGCUAGAAAUGCAUUCGUACUUCCUGUUAUCUUCUGUAAUUUGUACUCUUUUGCAGCCUAAAUUAAGAGCAGACAUCUUUCUUUCUAAGGAGCUUCUUGCGUUUUUUUUUUGCAUCUCCCAACUUCAUUUGAAACACUUGCACUGAAACUAAUCUUCUUUCUGUAACAACUUCAACACCCGAAGACUGUUGUCAACUUGCAAUAAUAGCAUGUUGCGUUUGUUGGUCAGGUUAAUGAUUGGAUUUUUGAGUUUCUGACCACCAAAGUUGAAUCCAGUCGUUCUGAAAAUUUGUUGGUUUCUAAUCAACAGCCAGUUUGUCUGCAUCUCAAGUGAACAUCAGCGCAUUUAGUGAGUUGGAAGCAGAUGCGAUGUCACACUGUGCGAGUUAAUGCAAAGUAGCUUCAAAAAGUACUACAUUCUUAAAGUUUUUAAAUGCAUAUUUUUGGAGUUAAAUCAGUGAAUUAAAAUGAAUAAUUUUGUCUCCAUAUGCAUUAAAGAAUGUAUUCCCUUACCUUUAGUCUAAAAUUUCACAAAUCCACUAUAAUGGCAGAAAUUGACUGUUUGAAAGGAUAAAACAGAAAUGGUACCAUAUUUGGUUUAGCCUUCCCGUUAUCCACUUUAAGUCUCUCUUGCUCUCAACCUGAAUAAAUUUAGAUGCAUCUCCUUUUCAGGAACUCUUUACACCCCACUCACAUUGAAAACGCCUAACUUUCAACGUCCCUCCUUCAGUAACGACUUCUGCACCGAAGGGUGUUGCCGUUACCACAACUUGCACUCAACAUGCUGUACGAUAUGCAAACGCCGUGAGGUCAGCACGGCUGACCUUAGGCUUUUUGUUUGCGUCUUUACCCGGGGUGUCAAUACUUUGUAUAGAACCACAAUCAGCCGAUGUUUAUCCCGAUCAGAAAGCAUUUCAUACUGUGAUGCGCAUUUCAAGCUUGUUUUUCCAAUUCUGCGUUUGAACGAGAUUUUUUUUUUAUUUUUUUUUUUAUAUAUAAUUUUUCACCUGUCUACAAUUAAUCUCGUUGAUAUAAAAAAAAAGAGUUGAAUAGUGGCCCAAAAGAAGUGUGUAAUAUAAAAAUCUGUGAUGCCACCUUAAAGCAAAACUCCUCCAUUCUGUGUCGCAGUCGGUGUCUGUGCGUCCUUGUCUCCUUGUGCUGUUGAAUCUCCACACAGGAUUGUGUGACCCAUUGUCUUAAGGCCUAUCCCCCCGCCCCCCUUUAAUUCUGUGAAUAUGUGCUUAUGAAUGAUGUGUGCGCGCGCGUGUGGGUGUGUGUUUGUCCAUAUCUUUUAUGUUUUUAUUUCUGUCUCGCAGGCCGUAGUUACUUUUUAACAGCUGCCUCAGGAUCCUGACCUGCGGGUUUAGGGAGGAGAACUGUUUUAAUAUACGGUUAACUAGACGAGGGAAGACACCAGCAUUGUUUAUGUAUAUACAAACUAUAUACAGAUCUGACAAAAAAUGUAGGUGUAUAGGAAGGUGUAAAGAAGUCUCCUGUAUUUAUUGAUGUAAAUCCUCAUACAGUACAAACUGGCUAAAUUCUCAGUCAUGCUUUAAGUUGUUGAAAACAAAAAAAUAAAUAAAUAAAAAAUCUGAAGUGAUCAUGUUAGAAGAUGAGCAAUAAUCUGUAAUAUUAAUGAAUAAAACUGUAAAAAGUGGAA